GAGGUGGGGGUUAGGAGAGGUGAGUAUAAAAACAGUUGCUGUGAGGAAUUAGGAAAUAUUCCUGGGGAGAAAAUACACAGAGGGAGAUUUUUCCAAGACUCCAUUAUAAUCUAACGCAGGUAAAACCAGCCCCAGGAUGAAGAGCCUUUUCCAGUUUCUGGCAAUCUUUGCUGUGGUCUCUUUCUGCAUCUGCUAUGACUCUCAUGAAAGCACAGAAUCCAUUGAAGAUUUGUUUGUGCCUCAAGGCCAAGCCAACUCGUUCAUCAGGCAGGGGAACGUACACAACCCGCCGAGAGAGAACGGCCGCCACUUUUACAACUUCAGGAGGAAGGUAAAGACUGUAGCAGAGAGGCGUUCAGAGACCUGUGAGGAUUACACUCCCUGCCGCUUCUACGCCAGGAGCAACGGGUUCCAGAAGGCCUACCAGAGGUACUUUGGAAACCCAAACCUGCCCCCGAGACCAGUUUACUGAACAGGAAGUCCCUGCAGAACCAUCAAACCGUCUUUCGGAUGAACGGCGUGCCUUCGCUCCACGUAUCACAACUUUUAUGUAACUUAUAUCCCAUCAUUACACACGUGUAGAAAUCCUUCAUGUAUUCUCAGGAUAACUUUUAUCCACUAUUAUCACACGUUCACAUUAAAGAGCUUUACGUGAUGCACGCGGAUGAAGUGUGUCGCUCGCCAUGCACUAUCUGUUUCUUACAUUAUCCUUAUUUAUCCAGGCCAGCACUGCUGUCAGUGAGUGUCUCCAAUGCUUUGAAAUAAAUAAAUAACAUCC